AUGGAGCCGCCGUGGCAGUACCAGUUCCGGGUGAUCAUGCUGGGGGACUCCACGGUGGGGAAAUCCUCCCUCCUGCGGCGCUACACCGAGGGCACCUUCCUGGACGCCGUCAACCAGACGGUGGGGGUGGAUUUCUACGUCCAGUUCGUGGAGCUGGAGCCGGGGCUGAGGGUGAAGCUGCAGUUCUGGGACACGGCCGGGCAGGAGAGGUUCAGGUCCGUGACUCGCUCCUACUACCGCAACUCCGCCGGGGGGAUGCUGCUCUUCGACCUCACCAACCGCGCGUCCUUCGAGAGCGUGCGGCGCUGGCACCGCGACGUGACCGACACGGUGCAGCCCUUCGGCGUCGUCUUCCUGCUGGUGGGGCACAAGAGCGACCUGGCGGGGCAGCGCCGCGUGGGCCGCAGGGAGGCCGAGAGGUUGGCGGCCUCGCUGGGCGCCCAGUACGUGGAGACCUCGGCCAAGGACGCCUCCAACGUGGCCCUGGCGUUCCGGAUGCUGACGGUGGCCAUCUACCAGGCGCUGCGGACGGGGAGGUUGGCGGCCACCGAGGCGUGGGACGGGGUGAAGAGCAGCGUCCCCCUGCCCGUGCCGCCCAAAGCUCGGCUGUCGGAGAAGGAGGGGAAGGGGAAGAGGUGCUCGUGCUAG